UAACAGCAUUAAACAGCAUGAGUGCUGCGGAACUACUGAGCAUAACUGAGAGCAUGAGCAACAUGCUGAGACGCCAGAAAUACCUGGCCAUGCUGUCUGUCAGGCCAUUGAGCACGUGUAAGGGACUGGCUGCAUGGGUAACCGCUCUUUAUGAUUUCUCUCCGGUUAAAUACACUCUGAGAUACAACAAUGGGCCGAACUGUACUUCGUAUCAUGGUCGACCCAAGAGCCUUCUGUCCUCUGACGACCCUUUGAGUGACUGUCUGAUACUCUCCUCGGCACCAACCUCCUACGUCGACCUGGAACUUACCCUCAUCUUCCAUCUAGACCUCCCCUUCCCUCGCACUGUAGAUCAACCUGAGAAGGAAAAUACGGGACCGUGGGAGUUGUUGUAUUGACUAUAUCUGGCUCAAUAAAUAUUACUGAUUGGCUACUUAA